UCGGUCGGAGGAAGAGAUGGAACCACCGGCGACCGCCUCCAACCGCUCCUCCAGACGGCUUCUCUUCGACCGCCGCUACGGCUGGGUGGUCGACGACUGGAAGGACCCAUCGGAAGAAGCUCUCGCCGGCGGCCGAGGAAUGUUUUGUGUAGUUCCCUUGACGAAUACUCUGUUUCAGACUGCUUCUCAAUCAAUUAGCUCGGCUGUAAAUUUUCUGGAUAUGAAGCUUCAGAAAUUGUCAAAUCCUCUGCACAACCCAAAAUCUAAUUCCCUAGAGACUGGUGGAGAUUCAAGGUCAGAAUGAGACGUGUUAGAUUGACAAGUACAUGUGUUUAUUCUUGGAUUAUACGGCUUGAUCUCUCAUCUAUGUACGUUGUUGAAACUUGUGUUCAAGACAACCAAGAAAGACAUUUUUUGAUUAUAUGAAUUUGCCCUUGUGAAAUCUUUAGUAUUGUGUGUUAUUA